AUGUCUCAGAUCGAUUCCGAUUUUGCAUCUAUCAAAAAAUCCGCGACGCAGUACUCUGAUGCCUGGUUCAACGCAGUUAUCAUCGAGUCCCUAACGCACGGCAUGUACACAGCCGUGCUUGCCAUCGCACUAUUGCGAAUCCUGUCGAGCACAACUAUCUAUAGGUGGCAGGUGAAGAUCGUCGCUGGGAUCUCGGGGUUCAUGUACAUCAUGGCAACGUUGCACAUUGCCGUGCGAUGGUUUUAUAUCAGGCGGGCAUUCAUAGCGUAUGGAGAGACAGAAGAAACAAGGUACCACGCUCUCAUGGGUUGGCUGACUACUGGCAGCCCUAUAUGGGCCUUGAUGAUCAAUAUCAUCGCCGGAAACAUCAAUGCACUGAUCUCGGAGUGUGUCACCAUUUGGAGGUGCUGGAUUAUCUGGGAAAGGAACUGGAGGAUCGUCGCCCUUCCUUGCAUAUGCACCCUAUGCGCAACAGUAUUUGGCCUUUUAAGCAUCCUUCAGCAGCUGGUACCUUUGAACUAUUUGCAGAUAAGUAUUUCAAAGGGGGACUCAAUCGACUGGUCAAUGGCAUUUUACAUUAUGGGACUGCCCACAACAGCCAUGUGUACCACGCUCAUCGUGUACCGUCUGGCUAAGGCCAGCAACACUAGGAAUUCCCCAUGCUUUACGCCAAACCCAUAUUACCACGUCAUAGAGAUGUUGGUAGAAUCAUCCGGGCUGUAUCUUGUUGUCCUGGUGGUAUUCAUCGUGUUCGAAGCGACGAAGAGUCCGUAUAGUAGGUAUCCAGCAGCGAUCCUUGAGUCUGUCAUUGGAAUCGCGCCAGCAUUGAUACUUCUUCGGGUUGUAUCUAGGGACCCUGAUCUGUAUCCAUCAAGUGAUAAUAUGGAUUCGUGGCAUUUACAGCGCCUGCCGAGAUCAAAAAUGGAAGACGGUGAAACACGAGUGGAUAAUGAUGAAGUGAUAAUCAUUGGUCCGGAAAAGACGGUCCAAGUGGUAUGA